GGAAAUGAGCCAUUCAAGUUCAGUGACUCGCAUGAUGAAGCGAUUGGCGGCGAAGCUCCGCCUCUCCCUUCGGCCACACCUUUUCGAAGAUUUCCGCCCGGCCACGUGACUUUUUCUCCGCCAAACCCAAAAUCUCCAGUCUAAUUGUUAUAAUCGUGUCAUCAAAAGUUUUUAAUUGUCUCAUAAAGUUUAUUUAGUUUUAUGUAAUUCAUAAUCUUGAUAUGCAACGCAGUUUACAUUGUUAAGAACUAGUUUAUAGCCCAGCAGUUGCAUAAUAUGACCCGUAUUAUUGACCGAUUCUAAGAUAACUGUGAACUAUUAAUUAUAUUAUAAGUUGCCCAUUUAGUCAUUAUUCAUUAUUCGGGAGUUUCGCAGACUUAUAUAAACCAUGGCUGACGACUUGGUACUAGAUCCAGAUAUUCGAAGCUGGGUGUUUGUCCCAAUCAUCAUAAUUACAUUUCUAGUCGGAAUCGUGAGACAUUAUAUCUCGAUUCUUUUAUCGUCACAGAAGAAAGUAGAAAUUCUGCAGGUUCAAGACAGCCAAGCAAUGAUUCGAGCAAGAGCGCUGAGGGAAAAUGGAAAAUAUUUACCAGAGCAAAGUUAUCAAAUGAGAAGAUAUUUCUUCAACGAUGAUGACACUGGUUAUUUCAAAACACAAAAGCGUCAGGCUCAACAGCCAAAUCCAAUGUCCGAUCCAAAUAUGAUGACGGAAAUGUUGAAGGGGAAUGUAACCAAUGUCCUUCCCAUGAUCCUCAUCGGUGGUUGGAUCAAUUGGACAUUUUCAGGAUUUGUCACGUCAAAAGUUCCCUUUCCGUUGACACUGAGGUUCAAGCCAAUGUUGCAACGAGGGAUAGAGUUACAAUCACUGGAUGCAUCAUGGGUGUCUUCAGCGUCAUGGUAUUUCCUCAAUGUAUUUGGACUACGAAGUAUUUACACUCUUGUGCUUGGAGAAAACAAUGCUGCAGAUCAGUCCAGAGUGAUGCAGGAGCAAAUGUCAGGAGCUGCAAUGGCAAUGCCACAAGAUCCUAAGGCCGCAUUUAAGGCCGAGUGGGAAGCCUUAGAAGUUGCAAAACACAAAUGGGUACUAAAGAAUUUAGAACAAAAGCUCAUAGGAGGUGGAUCCAAAGUGAACAAUGGAGAUUCGUCAAAUAAUGGAGGAGGAUCAAAGAAUUCUUGAUGCUAGUAUGGAAAAGAAUUUAAAUGCUAAAAAAUUAAUAAUUAGUUCUCAUUUUAAAUUUCGCUGAUUUUUGUGUAACAAUAGAAUGAUUCAAACUUGUUGAACUAUACCCAUAUUAUAUUGACUCCCGUAUCUGCUUGAAUAUUGAAAAUGUUGCCCAUGUCACCAUUGUCACCUCUGAGUUUUCGCAUGUUGGUGUUAAUUAUAUAAUGAAAUCCUGUCUUUUUCACUGUCUUUUCUCACUCCCUAAUAAUGAAAUAAUUAAUGCGAGUGAGUAAAUUAGCUUAAUGCAGUGAAAUUUCAUUUGUGAUCCUCAUACACUAUAUUAAGUGUAAAGAUAAAAUAUAAUGAAUGCGAAUUUGCUAAUAAACCACCAGUACACUUCCUCAAA